AUGUCUAAUUUGACGUGGGAAUUACCAGUUGAUUCGGGAUUUCAUUACCUGGUGAGGCUCCAUUUCUGUGAAAUAGACAAACUUAUAUACUUCGUUGGCCAAAGACGGUUCAUCAUAUAUAUAGACUAUCUGUUAGCCGAAUUAGGUGCUGAUGUAAUAUUGUGGACCGAUGAACGCGUUACGCCUUUUUACAAGGACUAUGUAGUAAAAAUCCAAAAGAAGGGAGUUGAGGACAACAACCAUGUUCUCUCCAUUGAUCUACACCCUGAUACAGGAGCUACUUCUGACGAUGCAAUUUUAAACGGUGUGGAAGUGUUCAAACUGAGCAACUCAGAUGGUAACCUCGCAGGACCUAGUCAAAUGCUGCCCUCUCUACCUGCUGCCUCUACAACCAAGGAGUCCAAAACAAAGAAAACAGUAUUCAUUGCAAUUGGAAGUGGUGUGGGGAUCUUAGACAUUGUGGCAAUCAAGCGCUUGAACCCUGAGUCUCGACAAGCUGCUGGGGAGUUCAGGACUGAGAUCGAGAUGCUUUCUCAACUUCGCCAUGGCCAUCUUGUCUCUCUUAUUGGAUAUUGCAAUGAUGACAGUGAGAUGAUUCUCAUCUACGAAUACAUGACAAAUGGUACCCUCAGUGACCAUCUAUUUGACACCAAAAACGAUCCUCUCACGUGGAAACAAAGACUUGAGAUAUGCAUUGGGUCCGCAUGUGGUUUGCACUACCUCCACACGUGCAUGAAAAACCCUAUCAUUCACCGCGAUGUGAAGGCCACCAAUAUUCUAUUGGAUGACAAAUGGGGGGCUAAAGUUUCAGAUUUUGGAUUGUCCAAAAUGGGUUUGGAUCAAGCUGUUGUUACCACCAAUGUUAAGGGUACACCGGGAUAUUUGGAUCCCGAUUAUGCAAGGCGUCUGCAAGUGAAUGAGAAAACCGAUGUGUACUCGUUUGGUGUGGUGUUGUUGGAAGUGUUAUGUGGCCGAAAGGCAGUGAAUUCAUGUGACUCAAGAAAGUCAACAAGGAAGAAGGCUUCAUCAUUACGUGAAGAACUAUGCCGCCGGUUCUCAAUAGACCAAAUCAAAAUAGCGACUGAUAACUUCCACCAAGAACUGAUUAUCGGCCGAGGUGGUUUUGGGUAUGUAUAUAAGGGUUUCAUCGAUGAGAGUAUGAUUGUGGCAAUCAAGCGCUUGAACCCUGAGUCUCGACAAGGUGCUCGGGAGUUCAGGAUUGAGAUCGAGAUGCUUUCUUAA